AUGUUUGUACUGAUAGAUAAUGUCCUCGCCUACCUUCUUGAACAAGACGACCUAUUUGUAACCGCACGCUUCGCUAUCCAGGGCCAAAUUGUCUCAAGAAGAGUUAACAAAAUACAUAUCUCCAACAUCACAGACGUCCUUCUACAACAAUUCAUAAGUCACACACUGCCCUAUAAUGACAAUAUCGUCCCAAAAAAAAUCCUCGACAGCAUGAGAACGGCCGUACGGCAGUUGCUGGAAGCAACUGCCUGUGUCUCUAGAGAAUGCCCCCUCGUCAAAAGAAGUCAGGACAUAAAAAGAGCAAGAAAACGUCUACUCAGUGACUGGUAUAGGCUCGGCGCUGAUGCAAACAUGGAUGCCGUAUUACUAGUUGUUAACUCCGCCUGGAGGUUUCUGGCCGUCUGGCGACCCUUCGUAAACUCAAUCCAACAUGCAACUCAGGAAUUGUAUCAAAAUAUCGCCCAUUACCUUCUUCAUGGCAACGUAAAUAUACAGAGGGUCACAGCACUACUACAGCUCGUAAUGGGACAGGACGAUUUACUUUUUAGUAUGGAUGAUGUUCUACAAGAGGUCUUCAGAAUACAGCUCUAUUUGAAUAAGAUGCUGCCGCACAACUCUCACAAAUGGCAAAAGCCAUCCCCCUUUGACUCCGCAAACUUACUACUUAACUUCAGAGACUGGACAACUGACAAUGCUCUCCUCCAAGAGUUGCUACUAUCCUAUCCCACAAUUAAUAAAAACAAACACAAAAAUCACUCCGUCCCUCGUCUAAUACAAGUUUGA